AUGCGAGAGGAUGUUCGACGAAAGAAACCUCCAUUGCCAAUCCAAGUCAAUGACAGGGUGGCACAAAUGAAACGUGAGAGUUCCGCAUUGAUGCAGCGUGCAGAAGCUUUAGACGAUGACAAGCUGAAGGAAAAAGAGGCUUUGAUUCAGCAGGCCAAUGAUGUGCUGAAAGAGCGCCCCUUGUCCAUACAUCAAUGUCAACAAUUCAUCACAUGA